GUGUAAAGCUAAAACCUUAAAGCCCCCAAAAUCUAAUGAAAUCCAAAAACCCUAAAUCUCGUUACAACAAUGCCCAUUCAUGAAUCUGUAUCCACAAUCUUUUCCCGCCAUUUGAGUUCACUACCAAAAUUCCCAAGAAUCUCAUCCAAGUACAAGCAACAAGCCAUCAAACAAGCGCAGCAAGCAGUUACUGACUAUCUUCACCAGACAAAGUCCAUCCCAUUCACGUAUGCAGAUUACAUCAGUCGAUAUUCUUUAUACAAUCUCUUCAAUCUGAUUUCAAGUGCUGACGUUCCUUAUAAAACCUCUGAAUCUAAUUUCUCUAGUUCCAUCAUUAGAUUCCUCAGGUACCACCCCAUUAACGAAUUUGAGUUUUUCUUCGAAAGUAUUGGAAUACAUUACAGUGAAGUAAGUAAAUUUUUGCCUGCUAAUAAGUUUUUCUUUUCGGAUGAUCGAAAUGUGUUGAAUGCUGCUCAGGCGCUUUCGGAUUUUGGCUUUCCUUGGAAUAUGUUGGGGAGGUUGUAUAAAGAAGAAGUUUCGAUUUUUAGUAAGAGUUAUGAAGAUAUAACGUCUAGGCUCUUUGGGUUUAGAAAUGAUUAUGGGUUCGGUACUUUUACCGUGAUUGGUGUAUGUUUAUCCUUUCCUCAUGUGUUGUUGGUUGAGGAUGAUGAACUGCUUGAUGAUCUGAAAAGGGUUUUUUUGGAUUUUGAUUUAGUGUGUUAUGCAGACGAAAAUGUGGAUUCUUGGUAUGAAAUUUGCAAGAAGAUUCGGUUGUUUUAUGAUUGGGGUUGUGAGAAGGGGAAGUUAGGCGACUUGGUGGGUGAGAAUAAAAGAAUAUUUGUUGACCAUUCAGAAGGGGUUUUGGCUCAAAAGGUGGAUUACUUGUGUAGAUUUGGCGUUAGGAAGGUGGAUGUAGCUUUGUUGCUUCUUAAAUGCCCAGAGAUCCUGAGUUUUGAUUUGGAGACACAAGUAAUUUCUGUGGAGGGAUUUUUGAGACAUUUUGGAUUGAGUGCAAAGGAAAUGAAAUUAAUAUCUGAAAAGUACCCGUAUAUACUGGGAAGAAAUAAAAUGGCAAAUUUGCCUCAUGUGAUGAGGGCGGCAAAUCUGCAAGAUUGGUUCUUUGACAAGAUCAAGAAUGGAAAUCAUCAACUGUUAGGGAAUUAUGCCUUAAGCAAUCCUGCUGAAGAUUUCAAUCAAGAAUUUGGGGAUGGCUUGGAGAAGAUCAAAUCUUCAAGACGUUGUCUUCAUACAAUGAACAAGUUGGCAUUCUUGCAUGGAAUUGGUUAUGGUGAAAAUGCUUUGACUAUGAAGGUAUUAUCUCGCUUGCAUGGCAGUAGUAGUAAGUUGCAAGGUCGAUUUGAUUGCCUUCUCUAUUGUGGGAUUGAAUUCUGGAAGCUCUGUAGGAUGAUAAGAUUGAAUCCAAAGUUCAUGAGUCAGGACCCAGAAAUUAUAGAACAGAAGGUGUACUUCCUCUGCCAUAACUUGGCUUCUUUGGAUGUCCUUGAUAUGUUUCCGUCAUUUUUGUGUUAUGACUUGGAGUACAGGAUUAAGCCCAGGUGCAGAUUCCACAUGUGGCUUACAGAGAAAGGUGUGUCUACCAAAAAUUACUCCAUUGUGAGCAUGGUUGCUCUUGGCGAAAAGACUUUCAUAACUCGCAUCUAUGGAAUUCACCCUGCUGCUCCAAAACAGUGGUUGGAGUGUUUCUUGUGCAAAAGACCUAGUAAUAAUUGCUAGAAGUAGAAGGCAUUCAUGUCAUUGAUGAAGUUCGGUAAAUAUGACAGAGCUACUCUACGGUUUCCUGGAGGAUUUUACUCUCUUCUGCAGGGUUUCAUCUAGAAAUUAUUAUGUCAACUUUCUUGGAAAGUUCCGUAAAUGGGUAUCUGACAUGUGACAAUAGCAUUACCCAUAUUUCACUGAUCCCUGUUUUAAACCAGAAAGUUGAUGUUGAAGGAUGAGACUAUGCCGAUCGCUCCGCCUUAAUAUAGGCUCCAUUCUAAUGCAGGCUUUCAAAGUUACAGUGCAAUUUGAUGGGCGUCCAUUGUGUGUAAUGUACAACUGUUAAUUACGGUAUUUUAUACUUAUUGAUUUUGA